GCCAGAGCUGUAUACCACUGGUAGGCAAAGUCUUCCUCAAACAUGAUAAAUCACUUCCAAAACAAAUUCCCACGUCUGUUUAUUUAUUUUCCCUCUUCACCGCCUCACGCUGGAGAUCAGCCACGCUGCUGGAGUUUAAACAGUUCAGCCUUUGUGGACUAAAGAAAUGGAGCAACAGAACAGACAUCACUGUUAAAGGAGAAAAACAACAGUAGAGAGAAGAACAUUCAUGUGAAUAUCAGAGAAACUGAAACCUUGGAGCUGAAGUCUGAUCGUGGUUCAGAAGAUGCCUCGUUCACCGGGACCAGGUUUUUGUUACGAGUUUUUUCACUGUGCUGGGCUGGUUUACAACCUACACCUACCUGAUCUUUGGCUCAGGAACCAAACUGAUUGUUUCAGAUAAUCAGGUGGUUCAGCCCGAGGUGAGCAUCUACCCUGCAGCAUCCAGAUCCCCGCCGGAGAAGCGCUCCCUACUGUGCGUGUCCUCGGCCAUGUUUCCUCCUGUGGUCAGAUUCUUCUGGAGUAGACGACCAAAGAAGAGCGGACGUCCAGAAGACCUGCCCUCCUCUGACAGACAGCAGCUGAAGCUUACAGAGUCUGGAUGUACGGCCUCCAUCUUAGCGGUGGAUCAGAGAGAGAGCGACUUGUAUAAAUACAGCUGCUAUGUGCAGCACGAGGGAGGGGGGGCAGUGAAGACUCUGGCUCCAACAGAAUUUCCAACGUUUCUAGAACCUUCAACAUCACUGCCAACAUCUCCUCCAACAUCUCCUCCAACAUCCUCUCCACCGUCACCUUCACCAUCACUUUCACCAGCUCCUCCAUCUCCAUCACUUCCUCCAUCCCCGUCUCCGUCUGUGUCUGUGUACAAGCUGAGGCUGCUCCUGCUGCUCUACACGCUGCUGAUAGUGAAGAGUCUGGUCUACUGCUGUGGACUCUUCCUGAUGACCGUCCUCAGGAACAAGAGACUGUCCACAGACUGCAGACAGGCUGGGUGACUGUAACCAUCAUCAUCUCAUCAGUUCAUCUCAUUGACUACUAAUACUUAUUGUCAAUGAUGACAUUAUCUAAAUAAAAGUAGUCUGACGACAUUUGGUGGAAACAUUUUACAACAAGGUUCACAACACUUGGUACAGCUAACAGGAAACCAGUGAUUAACUCCUCGCUGUGAUGCUCAACUUUAGAGCAACAAACACAAAAUGAACAUUUUAACACUUAUUGAAAAAGUGUACAGGAAGAUACUUAAAAUAAAUUACAAAUAUAAAAAAGCAGUAUCAAAUAGGUCAUAAAAGGUGAGAAAAAUCAAUAAAUUGAUAAGUUCAUUGUGUGUAUUUUCCAGCAGGUUGUUCCUCUUCAACAGUGUUGAUGUAAAGUUGUACGCCGAUGAUUCUCUUGUUUAAAACUGUAAAAAUAAAAAUGUUACACAGCAGCUUCAUCAGAGGAUGAACACUGAAUGUUCACAAUAAUAGCCUGUGUUUCUAUUAUUUUAUUUUAUUUUAUAGAUCAUGUUUGCUUUGGUUUCAGGUGUGAUGUCAAAUGUACAGUUUUUCUGCUUUUAUUGAAACCAUGUGUAAAUAUUUCUAUACAGAAUCAGAAACAGCAAAAUAAAAUGAUUAAAGAAAUUAUUUUAAAAAUUGUAAUAUUAUGAAGUAACAUAGCCGCACUUUAGAAUUAAAUUUCUAAUUUGAAUUUUGUUUUUAAAAAUGAAGAAAAAGCAAUGAUAUAACAUAUUUUAAUGUUUUUUUUAAAUGCAUGUUUAAGUGUCAUCCUUUCAAAAUAAAAGUCUGUUAUAAAGUUAAUGAGGGUAAUGAUAAAUCUGUGUAAAUGUCAUCUUACUCCUUUUCAAACAUGUACCAUUCAUUUC